AUGUGACUGUAGCUUUUCUCUUUAAUAUGCACUCAAUUCGCCCCCGGUGGGCUUCACAAUUAUGCUUGAAGAGUUCUCGAUUUAGUGCAGGAUCGCCGUUUACUUCCAGUAACCAUCGUACUUCUCACAUAGCAGAUAGUUUACUUGGAACAAUCAAACCGGCCUCUUCAUCAUCUAUACGUACAAGGCAUAGCAGCAGCGCAGCCUCCCCCGAUAAAGCAUUCAGACACCGGCUUGAGGAGGUCAGAAAUGCCUGUUCUGACCCAUAUCCCCGCCUCCCAAGUGACAACCGGUCGCUGAGCUGUGCGGCAUUUCGCGAUCGAUAUAGCCACCUUACCAGCAAUCAAACAGUAGAAGAUGACACUGUCGUUAUUAAUGGAAGAAUACGUGCCUAUAGACUGGCCGGGAGCAAAUUGAUAUUCUUCGAUAUCUUCCAGGAUGGACACAAGGUCCAGGUUAUGUGCAACAUUCGCAAGCUGGACGGAGUAGCUCCCGAUGCUUUCAAGAGAUUCUACCGCCUCCUUCGCCGCGGCGAUGCUUUCUCCGUAACAGGUAAACCUCACCGCACAGGAACAGGAGAGCUCACAAUUCUUGCAACUGAGCUUCCUCGGCUGCUGUCGCCUUGCCUGCACGAUGUCCCUGUCGACGCCGAAGAGCAUGAGACAUCUCCCUACCCUCGCCAUGUCCAGUUCCUUGCCGACCAGAAGUCGGCAGAUAUCAUCCGAGCGCGAUCAGCCAUCAUUCAGUUCCUGCGACAGUUCUUUCUCGACAGAUCGUUUAUGGAAGUCAGCACUCCCAUCAUUGGCUCGAUAGCUGGCGGAGCGAUGGCCCGCCCGUUUCAAACUUCUGCUACCGAAUUCCCCGAUAGGCAGCUGUCUCUGAGAAUCGCGCCGGAGCUAUGGCUGAAGCGCUUAGUGGUCGGUGGAUUCGACAAGGUGUUCGAGAUUGGCCCUUCAUUUCGGAACGAAGGGCUGGACAAAACGCAUAAUCCCGAAUUUACAACAUGUGAAUUCUACCAUGCAUACGCCAAUCUCGAAGAUCUGAUGUCCAUCACAGAGAACCUCCUAUCCGGGAUGGCGGCACAUAUUCAGGAGUUCGACAAGAACGCCAACUUUACCACCGGCAUUGAAGACAAGAUUGGCCGCGGACUCCCCGACCUCACCGCGCCAGAUGCUCUAGACCAAGUCAACCAGCUGUUCAGAGACCUUUCCCUUCCUAUUCCCAAGAACCCCACUCUCCCCCGUCUCCUGGACGAGCUAUGCAGCACCUACCUUGAACCCGAAUGUAUCAACCCAACCUUCAUCCUCAACCCCCAGAGUCAGCGUGUCGCGGCGCGCGCGGAACUUUUCAUCGACGGACGAGAGAUUGUCAAUACCUACGAAGAGGAGAACUCUCCCUUUGAACAAAGACGGAAAUUCGAGGAUCAAGUCCGCUACAAUAAGGGCACCGAUGAGCCGGCGGAGAUUGACGAGAGCUACCUUGAAGCUUUGGAGUGGGGUCUCCCUUCUACUGGUGGCUGGGGCUGUGGCAUUGAUCGUCUCUGCAUGCUCUUCACAGGCGCGAAGAGGAUCGGAGAUGUCCUUCCCUUUGGGAAUCUCCGCGCCGUAACCCGUCGCCAUGAUGGCCUGUCAAGGACUACCGAUUGAGGGACUCGAUAAUGGUUGUACGAUAUUUUGCUGCUUAGAUACCUGUACAAUAUUACGACUGCAGAACA